CGGGAACAGGCUAAACGCGGCAGUGUUCAUCCCUAUUGUUGGUUCAAAUAUCACUAUAUUUAAUCUACUGUACUCAGACUCUCUAUGGGGUGAUGCGUUAAAAAAAAUGCAAACGGUUUAGCAUCCGUCGAGUCUAAUGGGGCUGCUGGAUAAACUGUCGGGCUGGCUCGGCCUCCGGAAGAAAGAGGUCAACGUUCUGUGUUUGGGACUCGACAACAGCGGGAAAACUACCAUCAUCAACCAACUCAAACCCUCCUCUCAUUUGAAUCAUUUAGGCCCAUUGUCACCCGAAUGGAAACAUGUUAGUCAGACACCGGCACAGGAAAUAGUCCCGACCAUCGGCUUCAACAUCGAAAAGUUCAAGAGUUCAAGCCUGUCUUUUACAGUCUUUGAUAUGUCCGGGCAGAGCAGGUACAGAAACCUGUGGGAGCAUUACUACAAAGAAAGUCACGCCAUCAUCUUUGUCAUUGACAGCGGUGACAAACUGAGAAUGGUCGUUGCCAAAGAGGAACUGGAUACUCUUCUCAACCACGAAGAUAUCCGCAGCAAAAAGAUGCCUGUAUUGUUCUUCGCUAACAAGAUGGAUCUACGGGAUGCCGUGUCUUCUGUCAAGGUGUCCCAGAUGUUGUCUUUGGAGAACAUCAAAGACAAACCCUGGCACAUCUGUGCGAGCAAUGCUAUCAAAGGAGAGGGCCUGCAGGAAGGGCUGGACUGGCUACAAGAACAAAUUUCACAAUCAUAUCAAAACAAUGAACAAGUGAACGAUUGAAAUGCCUGUGAGCGUUGGCGCGAUGUGGACGUGGUACCCGGAUCAAACUCACCACACUUGAUGUUGUAGGCCUUAAACGUCCACGUCAAGUAGUCUAGUGCUUCCUGUGCAUGUUGUUUUUAAACAACAAAAUCCUUCUAAUAUUGUAAUUGGUGUAUGACUACUCUGUAAUAUAUAUAAAUAUGUAAUAUUUAAAGUGCCCAAUCAUCGUUAGUUACAUAUGUUAAAAAUCAUUAUUGAUCCUUAAUGUUGCUUCUGGAUAAAGCAACAUUCCAACAUUUGUAUUUUCAUUCCGUGAUCUACUGAACUUUUUUUAAUGCUGUCAGUGCUGAAUGUUGUGCUAGUGGAGGGCAAUAAAAGCUGGUUUUAUAAGCUGA